GGCGCGGAGGAGGGCGGCCUGCUCCGGACGCCUCGGGGCGGGGGUCGAGGAGCACUCCCGGCCGCCGGGGGAAGCGACGGGCGCGGCACGUCCGCUGACGAGCAGCGGCGGGAGAGUGAACUCUCCUCGCCAGCGCCCGAGCCCAGGUUAUCCUGAACACCAGAUGUCUAACAAUUUUCCUUGCAACGUUAGCCAUUGUUUUUCACUGCCUCMAAAAGAUCAAAAUUGCUGCAGAUAUUGGAGAGAGAUUUGAUUUAAAAGAAAAAACUUGAACAAAUGGACAAUAUGUCUAUUACAAAUACACCAACAAGUAAUGAUGCCUGCCUGAGCAUUGUACAUAGUUUGAUGUGCCAUAGACAAGGUGGAGAAAGUGAAACAUUUGCAAAAAGAGCAAUUGAAAGUUUGGUAAAGAAGCUGAAGGAGAAGAAAGAUGAGUUGGAUUCUUUAAUAACAGCUAUAACUACAAAUGGAGCUCAUCCUAGUAAAUGUGUUACAAUACAGAGAACAUUGGAUGGAAGACUUCAGGUGGCUGGUCGGAAAGGAUUUCCUCAUGUAAUCUAUGCCCGUCUGUGGAGGUGGCCUGAUCUUCACAAAAAUGAAUUAAAGCAUGUUAAAUAUUGUCAGUAUGCAUUUGACUUAAAAUGUGAUAGUGUUUGUGUGAAUCCAUAUCACUAUGAACGAGUUGUAUCACCUGGAAUUGAUCUCUCAGGAUUAACACUGCAGAGUAAUGCUCCACCAAGUAUGUUGGUGAAGGAUGAAUAUGUUCAUGACUUUGAGGGACAGCCAUCAUUAUCCACAGAAGGACAUUCAAUUCAAACCAUCCAGCAUCCACCAAGUAAUCGUGCUUCGACGGAGACAUACAGUACCCCAGCUCUUUUAGCCCCAUCUGAGUCAAAUGCUACCAGCACCACCAACUUUCCCAACAUUCCUGUGGCUUCCACAAGUCAGCCUGCCAGUAUUCUGGCAGGUAGUCAUAGUGAAGGACUGUUGCAAAUAGCUUCAGGGCCUCAGCCAGGACAGCAGCAGAAUGGAUUUACUGGUCAGCCAGCUACUUACCAUCAUAACAGCACUACCACCUGGACUGGAAGUAGGACUGCUCCAUACACACCUAAUUUGCCUCACCACCAAAACGGCCAUCUUCAGCACCACCCGCCUAUGCCGCCCCAUCCCGGACAUUACUGGCCAGUUCACAAUGAACUUGCAUUCCAGCCUCCCAUUUCCAAUCAUCCUGCUCCUGAGUAUUGGUGUUCCAUUGCUUACUUUGAGAUGGACGUUCAGGUAGGAGAGACAUUUAAAGUUCCUUCAAGCUGCCCUAUUGUAACUGUUGAUGGAUAUGUGGAUCCUUCUGGAGGAGAUCGCUUUUGCUUGGGUCAACUCUCCAAUGUCCACAGGACAGAAGCCAUUGAAAGAGCGAGGUUGCACAUAGGCAAAGGUGUGCAGUUGGAAUGUAAAGGUGAAGGUGACGUUUGGGUCAGGUGCCUUAGUGACCAUGCAGUCUUUGUCUUUGAUUUGCGUCAGUGUCAUCGACAGAUGCAGCAGCAGGCGGCCACUGCACAAGCUGCAGCAGCUGCCCAAGCAGCAGCCGUGGCAGGAAACAUCCCUGGUCCUGGAUCAGUAGGUGGCAUAGCUCCAGCUAUCAGUCUCUCAGCUGCUGCUGGCAUUGGCGUUGAUGAUCUUCGUCGAUUAUGCAUACUCAGGAUGAGCUUUGUGAAAGGCUGGGGACCGGAUUAUCCAAGACAGAGUAUCAAAGAAACGCCUUGCUGGAUUGAGAUCCACUUACACCGGGCCCUCCAGCUCCUAGAUGAAGUACUUCACACCAUGCCUAUUGCAGACCCACAGCCUUUAGACUGAGGUCUCUCACUGUGGGGGCCCUUAACAUUAUCAGGAUGGUGGACUAUAAGAUACAAUCCUGUUUGUAACCUGAAGAUCUAUUUCAUUUUUGUUCUGCUUUAUCUUUUCAUAAAGGGUUGAAAUGUGUUUGCUGCCUUGCUCCUAGCAGACAGAAACUGGAUUAAAACAAUUUUUUUCCUAUUUAGAACUUUUCAGGCAUGGGGCAGACUUUGAAGAUCAGGAAGAACUCAUUCUUACUAAGUCUUUAUCAGUUAUGUAUGAAGGAGUCAUUCCAGUGUUGGAAAAUUUAGCCCUUUAAAAUGUCUUGGAACCUUUUAUGUGCAGAACAUUGGUAUGUGUGUUAUUCUACAGAAUAAAUUCAAUAUUAUUGAUUUUAAAGGCAGAGAAGUUCUCAAAGUUAAUUCACCUAUGUUAUUUUUUGUGCAAAUUGUUAUUGUUGAACAUAYUUUACUCCAAAAUAUUGUGCCAUGCAGGUGAGUUAAUUUUACCGAGAGCAACUUUACUCUGUAUUUUAAAAAAUAAGAUAGUAAUGUAUUAUAACCUUUUAUCCAAAAUAUUUUUUUGCAAGUUAAACUAGUGAAGAUGAUUUUAAUUCAGAUUGUCUUGCAACUUCAGUUUUAUUUUUGCCAAGGCAAAACACUAAUCUGUGUGUAUAUUGAGAAUUCCUUAAAAUUACCAGACAAAGAAAUGUAACAGAUAYUGAAUUUGUUAUCCCUAUUGGGUGACUAUUUAUCAAGAAGUACACUUUUGCCCUGUUAAACAGUAGUCGUAUUCUUCUGUAUAUCUAGGCACAAGGGUGGUUUCUAAGAAGCCUAGAAGAGGAAUUUCUUUUCCUUCAUUAAUUCAUAGGGAAAGGUUUUGUAUUUAAAAAAAAAAAACACUAAAAGCAGUGUCACUCUACCUAAUAUCUCACUGUUCUACAAAGGUGCAGUGCUUAGACUAAAUAAUGAGUGUGUUGGAACUGCUAAAUUCUCUGUUAAAUACUGUGCAGAAUAAUGGAAACAUUGCAGUUCAUAAUAGGUAGUUUGGAUAUUUUUGUACUUGAUUUGAUGUGUGACUUUUUUUGGAAUACCGUUUAAAUCAUGUAUGUUAUGAUAUUGUUUAAAAUUCAGUUUUUGUAUCUUGGGGCAAGACUGCAAACUUUUUUAUAUCUUUUGGUUAUUCUAAGCCCUUUGCCAUCAUUGAUCAUAACAAUCGGCAGUGACUUUGUAUAGAGAAUUUAAGUAGUAGAAAAGUUGCAGAUGUAUUGACUGUACCACAGACAUAAUAUGUAUGCUUUUUACCUAGUUAGUAGCAUAAAUAAAACUGAAUCUCAACAUACAAAGUUGAACUCUAGGUUUGAUUUUUAAAAUUUUGUUCUUUUGCACUUUGAGUCCAAUCUYAGUGGCAAGACACCUUCUACUAAGUGACAGGCAACAGCCAAUUGUAUUGGGCAGCUUUGGUUUUUCCUUCACACUCUACCAGGACUUUCCCAUGGAUGUUGUUAUCGUGUGUAAAGUAUUUUUUUGUUUUGUUUUGUUUGCUUUGUUUUAAACUUUUACUGUGGCACAAAAAAAAAAAAAAGCCUGUUUGUCUAUAGAAAAUAGAUUGUCUACAAGAUAAAGUAGUGUGAAAUAAAAUCAAGGAUUAUCUUUCAGAUGUUUUUAGUUUUUGCUUAGAGGACUUCUGUAAGCUUUUAAAGAUUCUUUAAGGUGUGUUAUACAUUUGAACUCUAGAAACACUUAGGAAUAGUGGCCCUCCUGUAUCAGCUGAAAUGAACAAGUCUUUGGCCUUGCUCAGAAGGUCUUAAUAAGACAGUUCUAGAAACCACUGUUUAUUGCUGUGAUGAAAUAUAGCUCUUGAUCAAAAUUACAUGUCCUAUUUUUAAAACAACUUCUCUUGAGUAUUCACAGGUACUUUUGGUAAAGACCCAAUUUUCAACUGUGUAAAUUUGAUGAUUUUUCAGGGUUUCUUUUUGGGCAGAAUUAUAAAAGAAUAUCUUCUCUAUAAAUUUUAUCUGUAGGUCCAUUUUCCUAUGAAUGAGGAAUAGGAGUAAGAGGAGAGAGUUUUAGAAUAACAGAUUUUUAAAAAAUCCAGAUUAUUUAAUUAGAAUCUUAACCAUGCAGUGGUAUAACCUGUGGCUUCCUUUUCUACUUUAAGGAAGGUUUUCAUGUUUAAUCAUCUUCAUAAAAUAUGUGGAAAAUAUUUGCUGAGAAAUAUCUCUUCAAAGCCAAGCUACCAUUCUUGGUUUCUUUCUACUAAGAGCCAUAAAAUAUAGAAAUACUUUUAGUUAUUAAUUGCUUGUAUUUGUACCUAGAUUGUCACAUGCUUUUGAGAAAAUAUUUAAUAUGUUAUCAAUUAUUCCCGACAAURUGGCUGUUAAACUGUAUUUCAAUUUCUUAGAGGUGGUCAUCUCUGAGUAAGACUAAAGACUCUCACUAGGCUUAAAACUUUACGUCUACUUUAGGAUAAAAUAGUUUCUACAGUUCUUAGAGUUUGAUUAUAAUGUGGGUAUGGUUCUAGGUGGGUUUCUGUAGCUAAUUCAUAUCUCAAAGUCUUUCAGAAUGUUGAAUUUCAGUGAAAGCUGAAAGAGAUGAACCAGGUACAUCCAGAGAAACCCAUUCUACUUUUGUCUUGUGCCUUUAUGUGCAUUAUCAAAGGGAAUUCUUAAGGGGAUUGCCUUUUUUGCCAGGGAGCAUAUGUUUUUGUGGGUUGAGUCUUUUUUUUUUUUUUUUUAAAUAAUUUACUGCCCCUGGUAUACAAAGAUAAUGAUGAUAAAUCACUGCCAUAUAACCUUGUUUUUCUAGAAACAUGGCUMGUUUGGAUUGCUGUAACCACUAACUAGGUUGCCAAUCCUAUUCUUCCUGUAAAUGGUACAGGGUUACAGAUUGAAGGAUCUUGCUUAAGUUUAACUAUACCUGAACAUCCAGAUAAACAACACAUUAUUAUCUGUGUUGUAAAAAUAAUACUUGGAAUUUUAAGCAAACACCACAUUAUUGGCUAUGUCUUAUUUCAAAGUUAAAAAACCAUUUUUAUGGGGGAGUAUGGUAUGGUUUGUAAUAGUAAUUUUGCAAUUUUGGAGGAAAAGUAAAAUAUACUGUCUUAUGAGAAUUCUUAUUUUAAAAGUUUAUUGUUAAUUGUAGGAAGGUGAAUUGCAGGUAUCUUUUUGAUUAUGGCCAUCUGGGAAACGAAAAUUUACAUUUUCCCCCUAAUACUCCCUAAAUAUCUCUGGAGGCAAAAUAUUUUUGCUCCUGAUCUGGUGGUAACUGGUUAAGAGUCACUAGCUGUUUUAUACAAAGUCAAUUAAGUUCAAACCCUUUUUGAAGGAGCAGUUUUAUUCUCUGAAUAGGGAAGAAUUCUUUUUAACUGAUUCUAUAGUUUGCUUCCUUCAUCAGUCAUUUUAUUAGCAUUUGAUUUAAUGACAGUAAAUUGGUAAAAUGGUGAAUUUAGGUUACUGAGGUAAAUGACUACGUGAGAGCAAUUACAUGUGAAGUUGGCUAACAACUUUUGUAGGUGGGACYUGGCAGAGAUUAGCAGCUAACACUGCAUGAAGAAAUGCCUUUAAAAAUUAAAAAAAAAAAUUAAGGCAAAACUCAUCUUGUUGCAGGUAGCAGUCUGUAAAUAAUCUUCUAAAUCCUGCUUUGCAAGAUUAUUGAGAAUAGGCUGGGAGGAUCUUAGGCAAGUCUUUCCAUUCUUUUCCUUCUGAAAACUACGUAAUUUCUUYUCUUAAUUAAUAUACUAAGAAGGAUGUAAAAAGUCAGUGGCCUUAUUCUUAUUAGCUUCCGUGGCCCAGCCUUAUUCCUAGCACUUGUCCCAGUGUUGCUAGGUUGUUUAUCUGGUAUCACUAUGGGAUGAAAUUUUCCACAAACUUGCCUUACUAAGCAGUAAAACUUUUUAAGCUAUUUUCUUGAUGGAGUUAUUCAAUCUGUAUAUCAGAGAAUAUACUGAAUAUAACAUUUCUUUUGUACUUAGCUGUCUGUGUAGACUUCAGGAGCUUCUAAGAUUAGACAAAACUGUUUUCUCUUUACUAAAUGUCCCAGACUGCUCUGGUUUUGAAUUUUCAGUCAUUUUAACCCUCCUUUUUCUCUUCUGGACUUUUUCCUUUCUGAUAGCUGCCGUUUCCUGUGUGCCUCUCCUUAGUAUUUUCUUCUUUCCUUUCUAUUAUUUCUAACUGCUUGAGCAAGGAAACCAGAUAACCAGAAUUUUUAGAUCUUUCUUUAAAAUGGAAGUACAAAUUCUGGGACAGGACUCAAAAGACGUUCUUCUGUCAGGUGUUGAAAAGGACUUCAGUGCAUUGGCGUUUGACAUCAGUUUGACUACUUCCAGUCUUCUCUGAUUCUUGCUGAGUGAGUUUCAGGUGGUUGAGGUAGAGAGAAAUGAGUCAUAUUCAUAUUUUCCCCCUUAUGUUUUGAAAGGUUUUAUUGUUUCCAGUUAAGUG